UCGACCCAAUCGUGUUUUACAAUAAAUUCUAUGAGGAAAUUUCUUCUUUCCCGGCCUGGCAAGCUACUCGUCUAUCGAGAGAUUACGAAUGUAGACAUGGCUUGCAAAGCGCGACUGAUGUCAUCCUCGAGUAGACAUGGGUGUGCAGUGACAAUUCAGUCCCAGUUCUUAGAAGCUAAAGUUCCACAGCUUAUGUCAAACUCAACUGAGAGAGGGAAUCAGCAUUCACCAUGGAUACCUGAUUCAACUGUCCAAGAAGUCUGUGACCAUUACCAGGGGCUAGCCGAUGAGGGCAAGUCAAACCUUAUGUCUGCUGUGGCAUCAGAAAUGGGUGUGAGACAUGACAAGAUCCUAACGGAAGCCAGUCAACUGCAAUCCCAAGUGGGUCGUGAGGAUGCGGCUAUUCUCCAGGCCGAGAAGCGUCUGCGUCAGUCCCUCGUCCCAGGUUACUCCACUCUCUUUUCCCACAUCAGUCGACUUCAGGGUGGGGUAUAUAAGUUCCUUGUUGAUCUACGAGCAGACCUACUGGAUCACUUAUUGUCUCAGCAAUCACUCCAAAACGAAGCUGAAUUGAAGGCGUUGAACGACACAUUAUAAGAUCUUCUGAUUGGUUGGUUUGCUGCCGGUAUGCUGAACCUGGAGAGGGUCAUGUGGUCAUCAUCAUGUGACAUGCUUGAGAAGAUAAGUCAAUAUGAGGCCGUACAUCCUGUAAGAAACUGGACAGACAUCAAGCAUCGGGUAGGGCCGUACAGGAGGUGUUUUGUUUUUACACACAGCAGCAUGCCUAACGAACCGCUCGUCAUCUUACACACCGCCCUCACAAGAGAUAUUUCAGCCAGUAUUCAGUCCAUAGUUCGUAAGCAGAAUGACAUAGCAGUUGGAAUCAAAUCAGGAGAAGAGAAUCCCGAGGAGGCCCAGGCCGCUAUCUUUUACUCUAUUACAUCAACUCAGAAAGGUCUUCAGGGUGUAGAUGAGCAUGGGAACCAUCUCAUAAAGAGUGUCGUCAAGGAGUUACAGUCCGAGUUCCCCAGCAUGCAUCUCUUCUCCAGCCUUUCUCCGAUCCCUGGUUUCAGGGACUGGCUCAUUUCACAGAUCAACAAGCAGGUCAAAGGUGAACAUAACACCAGCUUAUUCACUUCUCAGGAGCUAGACUCAUUCAAGUCUGCGUUAAACAUCACAUCAUUACAGGCGCUGUCAACCCUGAAGAAAGUCAUUGUGACGAAUGAGUGGGUCAAGUCAGAAAGCCUGGUCAAGAGUCUACAAUCUCCUCUCAUGAGGUUAUGUGCAAGGUAUCUGUAUGUAGAGAAGAGACGUAAAAUGGCACUAAACCCUGUCGCUAACUUUCAUCUUCGGAACGGAGAUAUGUGGCGCUUGAACUGGUUGGGUGACACGUCCCCACGAGGUCUCACCGCCUCUUGCGGUAUGAUGGUUAACUAUCGUUACUACCUUGAGAACACGUCGAGCCUUAGCCAGCGCUACAUCGAAACGCAGAAUAUCGAGGCUUCAAAACAGAUUCUUGAUUUGGUGGGACAUGGGUCGUCCAAUGGCGACAUUGGGACGGUAAACAGCAAGUCAUGAUGAUUGUUAAAGAAGUAGUAAUGUUUUGGGUAGCUGCAUGUAAUAUGUUGUAAAAUGAAUAGGUACAUGUAUAGCAUUGACACCAACCAAAGAGAUCCUAUUUAUCAUAAUAAUUUUGGAUAAAAAUUGCUAUUUAGAGUGAUACUCUGAUGUGACCCGAGAAAUAAGUAAUAGACAAGUUUAAAGAUAAAUAUUUGGUCUUGGAUAUACUGUGUAUUGGGUCACUCAGGUAUCAUCUGCUGGAGCCUGCCUUGUCCAAAAGGUGGCCAACCCUCCCCUCUCCCCC